GCUCGCAGCUCGCUCAGUGUGUUGUGUGCGGCUGCGGCUCUGACUAGCUAGCCGGGUCUGUUAGUUUGUGCGGCACGUUCGUUUUUCUCGCUAGAUCAUCGCCGUCGUCGUUGUUUUUAUUAUGAUUAUUGGUAAUAGUUAUUAAAAAAAAAAGAAAAAAACCAUAUUAACGAAUAAAUUAUUUUUACGAUUUUUAUCGGUGUUGUAUUUUUGUUAAUUAUCAAAUUUAACGGCGAAAGACGGUUGAAAUUCGACAACGAAACGUGCCGUUUUCGUAUCAUGUCUUCUGUUGUUGCAAGCGAACUCAGUGCCAUUAUUUUAGGUCCUCAAUUCGCCCUGGUUCACCCCGCAUUACCUUGACCGUGCACUUUUGAUAGAACCAAUACAAUUCAAUUUAAUGGACAACGCAAACUCAACUGCUCAAGGUAACUAUAGUUGCUAUGAUGGAGGAGGCUGUUCGGCCAACAACUAUGUGGCAUGGUCGUUGUUAAAAACGUUAAUAGACACAUCGCUCAGUCCAUCGUGUUUACCUAUGGUGUUCAACCAUUCUUACUACCAUUUAUCGCACGCGAUCAUGUUCAUUUGCUACAUGCUGCCUUUUGGACCACCUUCCCAGUUGAUCCUUUUUAUACGUAUUGCUUUGACGACCGCCACUGCCAUAAUGGCACUAUGGGCUAGAAAUGUCCAGUGCUGGGUGGACAGUCUAUGGUGGAAUUCUGCAUCUUGUAUUGUUAAUCUGAUUUACGUUUUUGUGUUAUUCUACCAGCUAAGACCCAUUCAAUUUACCGAUGAAUUAGAACAAGUAUAUAGAUCACUCUUUCAACCUUUGAAAGUUAGCCGCAUGCAAUUCAAGAAAAUUAUUUCUUGUAUGAAAAUGGUUCGUCCAUUAAAGACUCUAGAAAUAUUUGCUGAGGAGAAAGUGACAAAGGUUGACAGUUUGUCUUUAGUACUUUCCGGAAAAUUGGUUAUAUCACAGAAUGGAAAUACAUUACAUUUAGUUUUUCCAUACCAAUUUUUAGACUCCCCUGAAUGGUUUGGUGUUUCUACUGACGAAUUCUUUCAGGUAUCUGUUACGGCUGUUGAAGACUCUAGAAUAUUAUUAUGGCAUCGGGAUAAACUACGAUUGUCAAUAAUCACUGAUCAGUUUUUGUACACUAUAUUUGAUCACAUUCUCGGCAGAGAUGUUGUUAAAAAACUCAUGCAGGCUAAUGAAACGGUGUCGAAUGGUCAUUUGCCUAACCAAUGGUACGAGAGUGAAGAUGGUGAACUAACAGGCAAUGUUAGUGAUGAAAAACAAACUGUUCUUUAUUUAAAGCGUAAUGGUGAUGGGCAGGCUGGAAUUGAAACUAUACUCAAACGGGAACUUCAAGAAAAUGACCAUGCAUGUCUGGAAAACUGUCCACUGAUUAACAAUCAAUCAUCAUGGUACUCUCAGCAAACACUGCGAGAUAUGCUAAAGACUGUGCACAGAUAAGCUAUUAUUUUAAGUGACCCAAAUGCAUGGAGGUUAAGCAGGAUAGAAGAAGUCGACCAUGAAACUCCUGUAUAAAGUAUACCUAAUUGAUAAAAAAAGAAGUAUUAACAAUUAAUAAUUUUGUGAUCUUAGAAAGAUAAGUUUAUAUUAUAUUAUAUAUAUAUAUAUAUAUGUGUAUAUUUUUUAAUUGAAAAAAAUCUUGAUCUUUGGUAAGAGCAUACAACUUUAACCAUAGUCAGAUUUUAUUUUUGGCACCUAUCGAAUUUAAUAAUCAC